AGAGUAACUGUCAACCCGACAGUGAGCACAGUUCGGUUAAGGACCCUCACUGGCUUCGCUGGCCUCUUCUCUCUCUAUUCUUCUUCUUCUUCUUAGAUGUUCAUAUAUAACUUCAACUCAUUCCAUGAAACAUCUUACUACAAUUCCACUGUGUCACAAUCCCCACAUUCAUGCAUUUUCCACUGUUACAUGACAUCAAUCUCUGGAUACGACACCGUUGCGUUCUAGGGUUUCCGCUCCACUAUGUCUGACAGAGGCGUCAAUUUCAAGUGGUUCGAUGGCUUUUUCUUGUCUAUGCUCGCUACCAGCGUAGCCAUUGUGGUGAUUAAUUGGAAGCGGUACCAUUCUUGUACACACCCUUUGCACAUUUGGAUUGUGGUUGACUACACUACUGUUUUCACUUUUCGGCUUUUGAUGUUUGUUGAUAAUGGGCUUGCUUCGGGAAUGGGUUUAGAUUUUGGGUGGCAGCAGAGAUAUGCUCGUUUCUGUGGAAGAGUGGUUGUGCUUUCAAUCCUUGCAUUGCUUCUCUAUCCAUUUCUUUGGGCUUGGACAAUAAUUGGUUCCUUGUGGUUCAGCAAUGCUAAAAUCUGUUUGCCAGGAGAGGGUCAGAAAUGGGGCUUCCUCAUCUGGUUACUUUUUAGCUACUGUGGACUGCUUUGUAUUGCUUGCAUGUCAAUAGGGAAGUGGUUGAAACGAAGACAAGCACACUCGUUAGGUGCUCGAGAGGGUAUCCCUGUAUCUGCAUAUGGGGUUCUAGUUGAAAUGAUCCGAGUGCCUGAUUGGGCAUUUGAGGCUGCAGGUCAAGAAACAAGGAGCAUAGGCCAAGAUACUACAUAUCAUCCUGGACUUUACCUAACUCCAGCUCAGAGAGAAGCGGUUGAAGCUUUAAUUCAGGAACUCCCGGAGUUCAGGUUAAAUGCUGUUCCUACUAAUUGCAGUGAAUGUCUGAUCUGCUUAGAAGAGUUCCGUGUAGGGAAUCAGGUCCGCGGCCUGCCAUGUGCUCAUAAUUUUCAUGUUGAAUGCAUCGAUGAGUGGCUUCGGCUUAAUGUGAAAUGUCCUCGAUGCCGUUGUUCAGUAUUUCCUAAUCUUGAUCUCAGUGCUCUGUCCAAUAUCCGUUCCGAGUCUGAACAAUCUUCCGCCAGUGUUGUGACAGCAACCAGAUAUGUGACAGGCCAACCUUCUAGUCAGAGUUACCUGUUGAGACUACAGGGGCUUCUCCGCCCAGUGUGUACUGAAAUUGCUGUGCCAGUUGGUGAGAUAGACAGUGCUUUGGAAAAUGCUGAAGAUGGUGUUAGACCUGUUGUCACUCGAAACAUGCCAACUGGAGACCAGGCCAUUUCUGUUGAACGCUUGCCUGUUAGUUUUUCCUCUGCACAAAAUUAGACUUGCUUUCAUAUUGCUUCUCAACUUCUGUUAUAUUUCUAACCCAUUCGUGACAAGUUGAAGGGUACAUAUCGGUAUCCAACCAUCGACUGAAGCUUUAAAAACGGUGUACAUUCUAACAAGAAAUUUUCUGGACUGAUUCAUAAGGAAAUGGAUAACUUUCUUUUACUGAGGGAUCUUGUACAAAUAAGACUCGAAGGUUGAAAAUAUUCCUUAGCUAACAUAGGUCAGAACUACAGAUGUGCAAUUGUCUGGCGAUUUAAUAAACUGUCAUCGGAGUUGACAAUUCUAAGAAUUGUAUAUUGAAUAUUUUUUCCUACAUUUUCUUCUACUUGUUGGGGUAAGAAUCUGUAUUUUUGGGAAGAGGGGCUUGAUAUGGAAAUGAAAUACACAUUUAUUUUAGACGUUUUAUAUUUUGUUUUAUGUUUAUGCAUGUUGAAGACUUGCUGUUGUAGUGAAUGUGAACGUGGUACAUGUUUUGCACAUCAGAGAUAUAGCUCUUCUUCCACUCUCCCAAAAGCACUUUGGCCCUACUACAUGAAGGAAAUUUUAGCUUCAGAGCCGCCGUUGAUCCUUGUUUAAAUAAAAACUGACAUCCUUAACGUUUUCCAAUGACAAGUAUCGUCAAAUAUACUUGCCUACUUGGUAGUAUUGCGUCGACCUUGGCGCUAUUUGACUUGCAAGAAAACACGAUCAGGUUCUUGUCUGGAUGUAAUGUUCGUAUGUUUGUGAUAGUGACUCCUGUAUUUUCUUUUACUGCUAAACAUUUGAGCUGGCUCUUUCGUAGCCUGUGUCAUCUCGAGGUCUGCAACUUCUUUUGGAAUUAUUGUGGUCAUGAAUAGUUUUCAAUACAUAAAAUAUUCCACUCGUUUGAU